AUGCAACUCUGUGUCUCCACUUUGGGGCUGAGAGGCGGCGGCCGCUGCCCUGCUGCUGCUGCGAGAGACAGCAGCAGCAGCAGCAGCAGCAGCAGCAAGGGGCCGCAGCCGCUGCAUGCAACUCUGUGUCUCCACUUUGGGGCUGAGAGGCGGCGGCCGCUGCCCAUUGCUGCGGUGUCUGUGCGGGGUACCCCCAGGGAGGUGCAGCUGCAGCAGCACCAGCAGCAGCAGCAGCAGCUCCUGCAGCAGCAGCUGCUGCAGCAGCAGCUGCUGCAGCAGCAGCAGCAGCAGGUGCAGCAGCAGCAGCAGCAGCAGCAGUGGGAAGGACAGGAGAAGCGAGAAGGGUACGAAAAGAAACAGCAGCAAAAGUUACAGCAGCUGAAAUCCUCGCUGCUGCAGCAGCAGCAGCAGCAGCAGCAGCAGCAGCAGCAGCAGCAGCAGCAGCCUCACACCGACAUCGACCUGCAGCAGCAACCAGUGCAGCAGCAGCAGCAACAGCAGCAGCAGCAGCAGCAGCAGCAGCAGGAGUGGUUUGGAGAGGGCUCAGUUUUCUCUUUUCUUGGGGAGGGCAUCAGCGAGUCCUUUAGGUCGUUUGCUGCUGCUGCUGCUGUUGCUGUUGCUGCUACUGCUGCUGCUAUUGCUGCUGCUAGUGCUGCUUCGUUGCAGCAGCAGCAGCAGCAGCAGCAGAGCUGCAUCCGCUGCUGCUGCUGGGGGUCUCUGGCUGCUGCGCUUCUGCUGCAAUAG